AACUCAAACUUUCCACCAGUGAUCUUAAUUAAAAAGAAUGUAUUGUUCGAUUCCAUGUUUUUUUUACUUUGUGUAUCAGUGUAUAUAUAUAAUCUGUUAUAAAGAGAACAAAAAAAUUCCAUUUUUUCUUGUGAGGACACGCGGUAAUUAAGAACAAAGAAGUGGCACUAGGGUAGAAAUUAAACUAGAAGUAAAAGAAGGUGGUGCAAAGGCAUGCACUCUAAAUAAAUAAAAAAUUCAUAAAAGACCUCACGCAGUGAAUGUAAAUGUAAAUGUAUCCAACUUCACAAACGUGACGUAUCUUUGUGUAUGCAUACCUUUCUCUACGUUGUUCUAAUACAUAUAGAUAGUAAUAAGAGAGAGAAAGAGUAAAAUCAAGAAGAGACAAAAGAAUGUCACGAGACAGCGACAUAGUGCAUUUAUGAACCCUUGAAAAAAACUCUAAACCCUAAUUAUCCCUUGUUGUUGCGGCUGUAUAAAUAUAUACGACAUAGUUUUGAAGAAUGUGUCGAACAAAGUGAAAAAGACAUCAUCUUCUUCGUUGAUAGAUCAAUAGGUACCCCAGAAGAGAAUCUUGAUCAAUUAAGUAUCAUCAUGUCUCACAUCGCUGUUGAAAGGAAUCGAAGAAGGCAGAUGAACGAGCAUCUUAAAUCCCUUCGUUCUUUGACUCCUUGUUUCUACAUCAAAAGGGGAGAUCAAGCUUCGAUCAUCGGAGGAGUGAUCGAGUUCAUCAAAGAGUUGCAGCAAUUGGUGCAAGUUCUUGAGUCUAAGAAACGUCGAAAGACACUAAACCGACCUUCUUUCCCUCAUGAUCACCAAACAAUCGAGCCAUCCAGUUUAGGCGGCGCAGCCACCACCCGAGUACCGUUUAGUCGAAUCGAAAAUGUGAUGACUACAAGUACUUUCAAGGAAGUAGGAGCAUGCUGUAAUUCCCCUCAUGCUAACGUAGAAGCCAAGAUCUCUGGUUCUAACGUUGUAUUGAGAGUUGUCUCUAGGCGAAUCGUGGGCCAGCUCGUUAAGAUCAUCUCUGUCUUAGAGAAGCUAUCUUUUCAAGUUCUUCACCUCAAUAUUAGUAGCAUGGAGGAGACUGUCUUAUACUUUUUCGUUGUUAAGAUAGGAUUGGAGUGUCACUUAAGCUUGGAGGAGCUAACUCUUGAAGUUCAGAAAAGCUUUGUGUCAGAAAUGAUCGUCUCUACCAAUUAAAACCAAAAUUCUACAUGUACUACAGCGUGUAUCGUUUUUUGGGUUACAUGAGCAUAUUUAGACUUGAUACCUUGCUAGAAAUAAACUCCUCAGUUUUUUUUUUUUAAAUCACUUAUGUUUUACUUACUAUGUUGUUGUAUCCGAACUUGAUCAAAGUUGUAAUUUCCCGGCCCAUAAUAAAUCAUAACAUUUUAUGCUCUAAUUAACUAGUAGUUCUGAAUCA